AUCAAGAAGUCAUUCCGUGGGAGUUAAAUCGACUGUUUUGAACGCGGACCAAUUCUACCUGAAGUCACUAUUGAGAGCUGAAUACAGGUGUAAUAGAGUAAAAUUUAGUUAUACCUUUUACGAUUAAUAUCAGCGCUAGAGAACGUCAUCCUGACAUCAUUACCAAGAAAGAAAUAAAAAAAGUAAUGGCGAGGUUUGUUUCUAUUUAUGUACAAGCGAGGUAUUAAUUAACAGAGAUAUAAGUUUGAUAUUAUUUGAUAUUUUGUGAUUACCACCUAGAUCCGUCUUUGAAAGGCACGUAUGAAGAUGAAAAGAACUUACUACACUUUGCUUCGCAAGGUGGUAGUGUCGCCGUCAUCGAGACAAUGCUGUCACGUGGUCUUGAUAUCAAUUCAAAAGAUAGUAAUGGUGACACUCCAUUGAUGAUUGCGGCUACGUUUGGCAAGAUGGAGGCCGUAAACUAUCUUUUAGACAUGGGAGCAGAUCCGUCUUUGAAAGGCAGGCGUGGAAGGAACUUACUACACUUUGCUUCAGCGGGUGGUAAUGUCGCCAUCAUCGAAACAAUGCUGUCACGUGGUAUUGAUAUCAAUUCAAAAGAUAGUAAUGGUAACACUCCCUUGAUGGUCGCGGCUGUGUUUGGCAAGAUGGAGGCCGUAAACUAUCUUUUAAACAAGGGAGCAGAUCCGUCUUUGAAAAACCAGUAUGGAGAGAAUUUAUUACACAAGGCUUCCUAUGGUGGUAAUGUCGCUAUCAUCAAGACAAUGCUGUCACAUGGUCUUGAUAUCAAUUCAAGAAAUAGUAAUAGUGAUGUUCCAUUGAUGUUAGCGGCUUCAUCGUGCAAUGUGGAGGCCUUAAACUAUCUUUUAGACAAGGGAGCAGAUCCGUCUUUGAAAGGUCAGUAUGGAAGGAACUUACUUCACCACGCUUCCUAUGGUGGUAAUGUCGACAUAAUCGAGACAAUGCUGUCACGUGGUCUUGAUAUCAAUUCAGAAAAUAGUAAUGGUGAAAGUGUUAACGUGAAAUAA